AUGUCCCUCUUCGGACAAUCGAAACGACCCUCCUCGUCCUCGAAAUCAAACGGACGGAGGAUAGGUCUCCCUCUCUCCUCGAUCGACACGCACGACCACCACAAUUUCCACAACAGCAACAACAACUCGGGUAACAAGUCGUUCAUGUCACACAGUCGGAGAGGGAGUUUGACUUCGCCCAUGGCGACGGCGAGUACGAGUUCGGGGUGGUUCACCGUGCUCUAUAUACCUAUACCGGCGGUCUCGAUAUUUGGAUUCGGAAAUGGGAGGCUAGGAAUCCCAAACUCUCAUUCGAACGACGGCUACCUCCCCUCUUCAUCUUCCUCGUCGACGGCGUACUACCCUUCCUCGGCCUCCUCGGCUUACCCUCAACAACCAAAACGACACCUCAAAGUCUACCUCCCGAUCCCUCACGCGGUACUUUCGCGGAUACCGUUCCUCUCCCGCCCCACUCCAUUACGCCUGAUCGCCCUCUUAGCUAUGAUCAUCACGUUGGUGCUACUAGUGACGGGGCUGAAGCGGGGAAAGCUCAAUUCCGGGGGAGGUGGAGGGUGGACAGAGGUCUUUGGAGGGGAUGGCGAGAGGGAAGGAGGGGUAUUGACGAAAGAAGAGGUAGCGAGGAUCUGGGAGUGGGAGGUUGUUAGUGGACAUCAUCCUAGUUUGGCCGACGCACCAUCAAAUAUACCCUUACCGGCCAACCUUGGAAACCCAGCUACUCCCCCGCACGAACACCCUCAUCCUAUCAUCCCAGACCUCACCAACUCGAACUCGGAACCGGCUCAUCCCAAGAUCCUAGGGAGGGGGUUAGAACGAGAUUACCUAUCCAUCAGCGAACCCUUACCGCCUUGGCAGACCCAGGAGGAGGAAGAGGACUCGGAACGAGGUGGAGGUGGGAUAGAAGUCGGUGCUGGGCGGGAGAGUGAGGAGGAGAGGGAGAGGAGGAGAAAGAGGGACAUGUUGGUCGCCAUGGGGUUCCCGCCAAGACCUGUACCGGGGAGCGUGAUCGAUCUGGACAAGAUUUUGGAGCGGUGUGAUUUUCAGACUGGCAAGCACGUGCGGGACUGUUUGGAGUACCUGCGGAUAGGUGGGAACCUCGAUCAUGGACGACGACUCCGACGGACCAAUUUGACGGACUAUGAGCAUAUUUAUCACGAGGACCGGUCGACGAGGCCGCCCGCACGGUACCUCGACACGGAUCAACUGGCUAGAAUCAUGUUGCCGUCAGAGACGCUCGACGAUGAAGGUCAACCGGUAAACAGGGUCGACAAGGGUCUGUCCAGGGAUCCUCUGAAACUGCCCACUCCGCUGGAUUCGAGCCGAGGGUUGUAUGAUCCGAAAGCUCCUUGCGACCCGGACCAUCCGAGGAUCUUUCACAUGUUCUGGGCAGGGCCGUUUACGGACAAACCGUACAUGGCUGUCAUCUCGUUCCUCUUUACUCAGAACCUCGGACUGGACCAGGUCCCAGGGCGGAAACACGCCGAGACGAACGCUUGUCGACCGCAGUUCUGGGUCUGGAUCAACCCGGGUCCGGCAGCUGCCGUGCCAAAUCCUUCGGCCAAGAGGGAGAUGUACGAGUCGCUCGCCGUCAACCCUUGGAGCGCACCGUUCUUGCAUGCGAGGUUUCAGGACGUCGUCAAGUUCAAGAUGUGGAAUACGACCGAGAUGAUGGAUGGCAUAGACGAGCUGAGGGAUCAUUGGAGACAGAUGCCGAUCUUCAAUUCCGGGGGAAAUACUUAUGGAGUGCCCGAGGCCGUCUCGACGGCCGCUCCCGAGCCGACGGGAGGCGAUCAGGACGGGAUGGUCGUACUCGACGGCGAGAAGCAGGGGGACAUCGCCGCUAUCCCGAGCCCGGCACCGAUCGUCAAGAAGAAAGCCGGCGGUCUUUUCGAAAAGGUCGGGUCGACUUCUCAGAACGACUACGAUCGACUGUCGGUCAUCCUGUCCGACAUUGCCCGCUUCAUCCUCACCCAUCGAUACGGCGGGAUCUACCUCGACGCGGACACGGUCUUUCUCAGGGACUGGGAAGAGUUGUGGAACUGGAAGGGACAGUUCGCUUAUCGCUGGUCUUUUCACGACAAGUACAAUACCGCCGUGCUCAAGCUGCACAAGGGUUCGGCGCUGGGCAAGUUCUUGUUCAAGGCCGCGCUGGAGAACGGGUUGGACUUCCAUCCGAUGACCAUCUCGACCUAUUUGAAAGAGGCCGGGUUGGAGAAGCUCUUGUUCAGGAUCCCGGACGCCUUGUUCGACGCCGCUUGGAUCAACUUUGAAGGGUAUCAGAGGGACCGGCCGCCUUUUCCCUACUUUCCAGAUUUCAGCGAAUUCUUCUCGAACAACAAGUUUUCGGCCGGAGCGCCGCAUCCUACGGGCUAUGAUGGGUUCUUUAGGGGUUCGUUUUCGUAUCACUUUCACAACUUUUGGUGGCUACCCUUUGACCCAUCACGGAACUGGCCCGACCUGGGCAAACGCUUCCUCAAGGGCGAAAAGACCCUCCGACAAGCGGCCCGGGCGGCCAAGGUCAUGGGCGAUGAGGAGACGCCACGGGACGUCGAUGUACGAAUCAACGUGGACGAUCGGGACGGGAUGGACGAGGUCGGCGAGGACGAAGCGGAUCUGAGUUGGAGUACGGUGUUGAAGAGGACGUUCGAGGCGUAUAUACGGGCCGAGAGACCGAACAUGUAUGGGGAAUGGUUGCGGUGGUGACGAAAGUCGAGUUUUGGCAGGGGAGUUGGCAUGAUUCAUGAUGACUACUAUAUAGAAUUGGGUUCUUGAUGGGGUGGGUGGGUGAGUGGUUUUGUUUACGAUGUGGUGGGUCGGGCUUCGUUGCCGACUUGUCAAUCGAUCGUCGAAUCGGUCUGUAUAAUCUGCAUCUCUAUAUGCUACU